AAACUCUCCGCCCCACGCCAGCUCUCACCGCACCGCCGCACAACCGCACCGGCAAAGAUACAACCAAGGCGACACGUGCUCUGCUCCGGGACUCCGAGCCAUCCCAUUCGAUCCGUGCACCGCCGUAGAGGAGAGGAGAGGGAAGGAAGACCGAACGCCGACGAUGUAUUUCCGGCCGCCGCCCAAAGGCCCCGAGUGGGGCGGCGACGCGGAGGCCGGGCAGGCGGCGCGGCCGCUGUACCCGAUGAUGCUGGAGAGCCCGCAGCUGCGCUGGGCCUUCGUCCGCAAGGUCUACACCAUCCUCUCCAUCCAGAUGCUGCUCACCAUCGCCGUCGCCUCUGUCGUCGUCUUCGUGCGCCCCGUCGCGCUCUUCUUCGUCUCCUCCCCCGCCGGCUUCGGCCUCUACAUUUUCCUCAUCAUCCUCCCCUUCAUCGUGCUGUGUCCUCUGUACUACUACUACCAGCGGCACCCGGUGAAUCUGCUGCUGCUGGCGCUCUUCACGGUGGCCAUCAGCUUCGCGGUGGGGCUGACCUGCGCCUUCACCAAGGGGGAGGUGAUCCUGGAGUCGGCGAUCCUGACGGCGGUGGUGGUGGUGAGCCUGACGGCGUACACGUUCUGGGCGGCGAGUCGCGGGCACGACUUCAGCUUCCUGGGCCCGUUCCUGUUCGCGGCGGUGAUGAUCCUCAUGGUGUUCGCGCUCAUCCAGGCCUUCUUCCCGCUGGGCCGCAUCUCGCUGAUGGUCUACGGCGGGCUGGCGGCGCUCGUCUUCUGCGGCUACAUCAUCUACGACACCGACAACCUCAUCAAGCGCUACUCCUACGACGAGUACGUCUGGGCCGCCGUCGCGCUCUACCUCGACGUCAUCAACCUCUUCCUCUCCCUGCUCACCCUCUUCAGGGCAUCCGAUUCCUGAAGUGCCUGCGUCUCCUGCCAUAGCGUAGCGUAGCCCCUCCUCCUACCCUACCCCUGUAAUCCUGUCCCUGCCGUUACAUCACGAAUGUGCUUCGCUUAUGUGUGGAACAAUUUAUUGUAAAUUAAUUUUGACUUGUUUUACAUAAUUUGGUCUAUGUAACUUUGUAGUCUGCCAAUAUCAAUAACUUUGUGCUAGC